UCCACAGCCUCUCAGUCCCUGCUGAGGCCCUGCAACUGCGAACUGCGAACUGCAAACUGCGAACUGCAAAACUGAGCGCGCAACUCUGAACUGCGGCGCAGCUCCACAGCCUCCACCUGAGGACACCAGAAACAAACCUAACGUCCUCUUAUUCAUUAAUAGGAACAUUUUGUGGCCGCUGUGGACAACACUAGGACUAAAAAAACCCAAACCAAACAGCCGCACUUCCAGCAUGCAGGUGAUAACUUGCGCGCUGUUUACGCUCGUCAGCCUCCCCAUCAGCAGCAGCAGCAGCAGCGCGUCGGAGGCUGCUGACUCCUGCCCCGAAGUCUGCGAGUGCUCCGAGUGGAGGACUCACACCAUCUCCUGCUUUGACAUUGAUAUUCUCCCCAGGUUUCCAGCAAGCACCGAGACAUUAUGGCUUUUUGAGACCCGUCUGUCUUCUGUACCAGCAGAUGCCUUCGUCAACAUGGUCAACAUCUCAAGAAUAUAUAUAUCCGUGGAUGUGAUGCUGCAGCGGCUGGAGAAGCACUCGUUCUACAGCCUGAGGAAAAUCACCCACAUAGAGAUUCGGAAUGCAAAAAGCCUCACGUACGUGGACCCAGAAGCCUUCAAACACCUUCCAAACCUCAAGUAUCUGGGGAUUUUUAACACCGGCCUGACUUUCUUCCCUGACUUUAGCAACAUCCACUCCAAUGACAUGAACUUCAUCCUGGAGAUUGUUGAUCAUCCCUACAUUAACGAGAUCCCGGCCAACUCGUUCCGUGGCAUCACCAGCGACGUGCUGACAGUGAUGCUGUACGGAAACGGCUUCAGAGAAAUACAACAUCACGCCUUCAACGGGACCAAGUUAGAUCAAGUCGACCUUCACAGAAAUAAGUACUUAACCAAGGUGGACGACAGGGCCUUUGUGGGAACCAUCAGCGGCCCACUGCUUCUAGAUGUCUCCCUGACAGGGAUCACCUCCCUGCCGACCACAGGCAUGGAUUCCCUCCGUGAGCUGAAGGCCCGCGAUGCCUUCGCCCUCAAGAAACUACCGCCCAUCAAGACCUUCAAGCACCUCACCGUCGCCAACCUCACCUACCCCAGCCACUGCUGCGGCUUCAAAAACCUCAAGAAGAAACGAGGCUAUUUGGAGUACAUCAUCUGUAACCUGACUGCUUUCUACGAUCAGCAUCACAAGCGCUCUGUAGGGCCUCUUCGGAUGCCAUCCCUCCAAGAGGAUGGUGUCGUGGAAACGCUCCCGGAUCAGGAGCCAAGCGACGGAGGUCAUCGAGAGUCCCAGCAGGACUGGUGGAGAGGUGACUUCCACAGCAGCCUCCACUACCACACCUACUUUGGAGGCCAGCCAGAUGCGGAUGUGGGUUUUGGAGAGACCCUCAAGAACCCCCAGGAGGACAACAGCCAAGACUUUGACAGUCGCUAUGAUUAUGUGGUGUGCGAGGAGGGAGAGGAGGUGGCGUGUGCACCGGUGCCCGAUGAGUUCAAUCCUUGUGAGGACAUAAUGGGUUUUGGCUUCCUGCGAGUGUCGGUGUGGUUUGUGAGCUUGCUGGCUGUUCUGGGAAAUGUGGUGGUGCUUCUGGUGCUGCUCACCAGCCACUACAAGCUGUCAGUCUCCCGCUUCCUCAUGUGCCAUCUGGCCUUCGCAGACCUGUGCAUGGGGAUUUAUCUGCUGCUCAUCGCCUCUGUAGACCUCCACACUCGAGCCGAGUACUUCAACCAUGCGAUCGACUGGCAGACGGGUCCCGGUUGUGGGCUUGCCGGGUUUUUUACGGUCUUUGCCAGCGAGUUGUCCGUCUACACCUUAACGGUGAUCACUCUGGAGAGGUGGUAUGCUAUAACUUUUGCAAUGCGGCUUGAUCGUAAACUGCGUCUGCAUCACGCGGCGGUUGUGAUGCUUGGCGGGUGGAUCUUCUGCCUCAUCCUGGCUCUGCUGCCGCUGGUCGGCGUCAGCAGCUACCAGAAGGUGAGCAUCUGCCUCCCGAUGGACACCCAGUCCACAGUGGCUCAGGUCUACAUCAUGUCCGUGCUGGUCCUCAACAUCCUGGCAUUUUUUGUCAUCUGCGCUUGCUACUUCAAAAUCUACUGCGCAGUGCACAACCCGCACUACCACUCCGGAUCCAAAGACACCAACAUCGCCAAACGCAUGGCUGUCCUCAUCUUUACUGACUUCUUGUGCAUGGCGCCGAUUUCCUUCUACGCCAUGUCAGCUGUGCUCGACCGACCCCUCAUCACUGUGUCCAACUCCAAGAUUUUACUGGUGCUUUUCUACCCGCUCAACUCCUGUGCCAACCCGUUCCUCUAUGCCAUCUUCACAAAGGCCUUCAGGGGAGAUGUGUUCAUCCUCCUCAGUAAGAUUGGUUUGUGUCAGCAGCGAGCACAGCUGUUCAGAGGCCAGACGGUUUCGUCAAAGGGCAGCAGCGGGACAUCUCAGGUACGCAAGGAUAAAGUUAGAAAAGGAGGAAGCAUAGGUCAGGAAGCGGUGCCCAUCCACUUGAAGAAAUGCUCCUACCACCAAGCAAACAGCCACCAGACAAACCCCGAAGAGAGCCAGAGCCUGGACACGUGAGCCGAACACCAACCUGGAGGUAGCAAAGCAAGACAGGUUCAGGUGGGAGAGGAGAGGCCUUGAAGUGUUUGUGGACGGAUCUGUUUGAAUAUUUAACAGAAAGCUCCAGUAUUCUGUAUCUGUUUCAGCUUUCAGGCCAAGUUCAGCUGUUUUCACAAUUUCGGCUGUGAUGAUUUUAUGGUUCCAGUUGUGGGAGAAUAUCAGGUGUCAGUGAAACAUGAGCCCGACUUCAUCUCACUUAUGGUACUUUGUAUUUUUACGCUGAUGGGCUGGCUAGAAAUGGACAGAGAUUGUUUGAAGGAAAAAUAGCAAGGAUAAGAUUCAAACAAACAAAUACAACUGGAUGAAAUAGAUUUUUUAUAUACUGCCUCCAGUUCAAAUUACCCAUAAACAGUCUGGCAUUGAGAUACAAGGAAAUAUAACAAAUUGUCUACAGCACUUAAUUUUCCAAUAAUAUGAGGACCUUUCUGACUAUUUAUAUGUGACUAUUGUGUUCAAGGACAGCCUGCUGGCUCAGUGCCGUUCAGUUGCAACUUUAACCAAGUUUAUGAAAAACAGCCAUUUUUUCAUGUUGUUGACAUCUCUGUAUAUAAUGUAAAUAGGUGAUACUACCCAGAGAUUUAUGGAAGAAGACAGGACAUUUUCUGAUUUCUUUUUUGCAUUUCUCUUGUCUGUUUUCUUGAAACUGAAAAGCAAAUAUGGACAUUUAUGCCACAGCACUUGAGUGUGAUAUUGGAAAGUAGAUAUGAGUGUUUUUACAGUGCAAAUGGACUCUGAAAAUGUGCUUUUAUGUGGCAUAUACCUGCACCAAAUGUAUGUAUCACUUAAUUAGAUUUAUAAAGAC